AUGUCCGCCGCAAAGACCCGCGCUCAGUCCCUCAUCAACGACAAUGCUGUCGUCGUGUUCUCCAAGUCAUACUGCCCUUACUGUGACUCUUCCAAGAAGUUGCUUGACAGCUUGAACGCCAAGUACACUACUCUCGAGCUGGAUCUGGAGGAGGAGGGAGCUGCUAUCCAGAGCGCUCUCGCUGAGAUCUCAAGCCAGCGCACCGUGCCCAACAUCUUCAUCAACAAGCAGCACAUCGGUGGAAACUCUGACCUCCAGGGUAAGAAGGACUUGAAGGAGCUGCUCAAGGCUGCUGGCGCUAUCUAA